CGGACUCGACUAGCCAGUGCUGCUGGAGCAGCUCUCGCGACGACCGCAGCAGCUGCGAAGCUCAGGCGAGAGGACACAAGACGCAUUCUUUUUUAUUUUCAUGUUGUUGGUCUUUUUUUAAGUCACCUUAUUUAUUGUCUCCCGGAGGAGGGAUUGGAACACUAAGGCGGCGGUGGCGGACGAUGUUGAAAGAAGAACCGGGAGCCGAGCCUGUGCAGCCGAACGGAACUUAUUGUUAUGUUGCGAUUGUUUGGGCUAUGUUACCCCCGAGUGAGUUCGGCUUCGCUGCAUCGUCGGUUCCCCAACGGGAACAUUCUGCCGGUUUUUAACCCAUUUUGAAGGAUAAACGCCAAGGAAAACAGGAAGGAUUGUGCUUUUUUGGGGAGUUUUUUUCUCUCUUCUUCUUCUUCGGGGAUUUAAAUUUGCUGGUGCUCCUCGGGGGAGAGACAUUCAUGUGGCCAUUCUCUCGUUUCUAGUUUUCCUUUUUGGGGGUGGGGGGGUGGGGGGAGAAAGUGCAUGAUGAGCAAAGAACGACCCAAAAGGAAUAUUAUCCAGAAGAAAUACGACGACAGCGAUGGUAUUCCGUGGUCGGAGGAGCGGCUGAUGCGCAAGGUGCUCUACCUGUCCCUCAAGGAAUUUCGCAGUGCGCAGAAACGGCAGUUGGACAGCCAUGCCGACGACAACCGAAACGGCUCCUUAGCCAACGGCUCCGGCUUGAUUGCCGGCCACAAAGACGGUGGCUCGCUGCACGCGUCGGGCCUGGGCGAGGGCGGUGACCUCUGCGAGCACGGCCCGGCAAAGAAGAGGCCUCGGCUGCAGGCGCAGAGGAAGUUUGCGCAGUCGCAGCCCAACUCGCCCAGCACCACGCCCGUCAAAGUGGCCGAGCCUGCCGCCGUCAGCGCGGGCCAGGCUGCCCUCACGCCAGGCGUCGCCCCCACCGCCAACACCGCCAACUCGUCCUUAUUGCUGUCGCUCGCCGCUUCGUCCCCGUCGUCGUCCAUCCAGGACCUGUCUCGACGAAAACCCAAAACCGAGGACUUCCUCACCUUCCUCUGCCUCAGAGGUUCGCCGGCGCUGCCCAACAACAUGGCAUACUUCGGCAGCUCCCAGGAAGAGGAGGAAGACCUCGGGGAGGUGGAGGACGAUGCCGACGAGGAGCUGAGGAAUGGCGGCAUCGGCGGCACGUAUUGGCACGGCGUGGUCCGCGGCGGCCAGGCUUCCGCCUCCUCCUCCUGCCACUCCACGCCACGCAAGGGCAAGCCCCUCACACGCCAUCUGCUUAACGGCCACAUGUUGAGCGGCCACAGCACGAUGCGGGAGAGCCCUCGGCCCAAGGCACCCCCGCCGCCGCUGCUGAGGGAGCGCAGCGAGCGGGCCGAGGCGCGGGAACACGCCCGGACGUUGCAGGCCAACGCUGCUAACACUAGCGCCACCGCCGCUAAAGGCCUGGCCACCAGGAGGGCUGCCGCCGAUCUCCGCAAGCAGGUCUCUAGAGUGAAUGGGCUUACGCGUCUGAGCGCCCUGCAGGCGGCCGCCAAGAGGAGUCGCGACUUCCGUCUACCGUCCAAAACUGUGAAGAAGUACACGGCCACCGUGUCCAAGGGCCAUGUCACCUACACCAAAGCCAAGCAGAGGGAACUGGACAAAAAAACCAAACUCGGCAGCAGCAGCAGCAGCAACAUGGCGAACAAUCACAAUCAGCACAGCCAGCCAGCAGCCAGCAACGGGCUGACCCACUCAGGAAAAGCAGCUGCAGCAGCGGCCUAUCACAGCAAUGCAAAAACCCGCAAACAGGUGCUACUAGUCAACGGGCUGCACAGGCGGGCCGCCCGCCUCAACGGGAGGCUGAACGGCCAGCGGCACGAAAACAGCGAGGACGGCGACUUUCCCGGGCGGGAGGGUCUGCGCAACUCCAAGCGGCGCUUGGAGGUGUCGCUGCACUCAGUGGUGGAGGCCGGUGCGCCCAAGGCCGGCCUGGAUCCCAAGAAGGCCAAGCUGCAGCCGCAAGCACCGCCAGAGACGCGCAGUGGCAAGAAGGCCGUCCCCAUGCGCUCGGUCACCCCCACCACGCCGCUCGCUAACGGACGCCUUUCGGAGCCGCCGCCGCCUCCUGAGAUGGCUCCGCCCGCGCUCCCGUCCCCCUCGCCCGUCGCACAACAAUCCUCUUCCACACCAGCAGAGUCGGUCAACCAGCGACCUAAGCGGGCGUCGGCCGGCAAGCUGAUGUUGAUCCGACAAGCACAGCAGCAACUGAGCAGGUCUCACAGCCGCGCCGCCGCCGCUUCCUCCCCAUCGUCCGGCCACAAUCACUCCCACAGCCCCGGGCGCAGCACUACCUCAGAGCCCCGACAGGCCGCCGGCGCUGCCUCACCGCUCGCCAACCGGCCGGGACCACUCAGGCCCCCGCUGACGGGGCGGCCGAUCGACCGCGACAAGGAGUGGGAACGUGAGAAGGAGCUGGCGCGGCAGAAGGAGCGUGAGCAGGAGAAGGAGUGGGGGUGCCGGCGGAGCCGGCCCGAAGGGUGGGCCGCCCUGGGCGAGGUGCCCGUCUUCCUGCCGGAGGCGCGCGAAUUCCACGACCCCAUGGUCUUCCUGGAAGCCGUGCGGCAGCAGGCGGAGGCUGCCGGUGUGUGCCGUGUGGUGCCGCCGCCCGACUGGAGGCCCGAGUGCAAACUCAGUGAGGAGAUGCGCUUCGUCACCACCGUGCAGCGGGUCCACAUGUUGGGGCGGCGCUGGGGCCCCAACGUGCAGCGACUGGCCUGCAUCCGGAAGCACCUCAAAUCUCAGGGCAUCGCCAUGGACGAGCCGCCCGUUAUCGGCGGCUGCGAAGUGGACCUGGCGCGCUUCUUCCAGGUGCUGAACGACAUGGGUGGCAUGCAGCAGGUAAUGGACCUGAAGAAGUGGAGCAAGCUGGCCGACCUGCUGCGCAUUCCCAAGUCGGCGCAGGACCGGCUGGCCAAGCUGCAGGAGGCCUACCUGCAGUACCUGCUGGCCUAUGACUCGCUGGGCGCCGACGAGCGCCUCCGGCUGCACGAUCAGGUGCUGCAGGAGAAGCGUCAGCUGGAGGCGCGGCGUGGCCCCCUGGAGGCUCUGGCAGACUCGGCCGCGCCGGCGCUGCCCCGCUAUGAGCCCAAGAACGGGCUGGCGGGCGGCAACGGCGCCGGCAACGGCGUUGGCAACGGCAACGGCGUCUACCAGCAUCUGAAGGAUCUGGAGGCUCGGGUCAAAGCGGGCCGGCGCCGCCUCUUUGCUCAGGAAAAACACGGAGGGCGCGUGGCCGAGCGCCGCGACGACGGCGUCCUCGGCGAGCAGCACAAAUGCAUUUACAAGGGCAAGUCGGUGUCGUUGACUAACUUCUUCCGGAUCGCUCGCAACACCAUGACCAUGUGCUUCAACAAGGAGCCGGCCGCCAGCGAGGUGGAGCAAGAGUACUGGCGCAUCGUGGAGCAGCGCGACGGCCAUGUAGCCGUGCACUGCGGCAAGGUGGACACCAGCACGCACGGCAGCGGCUUCCCCACUGGCAAGUCGGAGCCCUUUGCCAAACACGGGUGGAACUUGACCGUCCUCCCCAACAACUCGGGCUCCGUCCUGAGGCAUCUGGGCGCCGUGCCUGGGGUGACCGUUCCCUGGCUGAACAUUGGCAUGGUCUUUUCUACCUCAUGCUGGUCUCGAGACCAGAACCGCCUUCCAUACAUAGAUUACCUUCACACAGGCGCCGAUUGCAUUUGGUAUUGCGUCCCUGCUGAGGAGAGGUCCAAGCUGGACAAGUUGGUCCACACGCUGCUGCAGGCCAACGGGACGCCCGGACUGGAAAUGCUCGAGAAGAACGUCAUGAUCUCGCCAGAGGUGCUGUGCCGUGAGGGCAUCCGCGUGCACCGCACGGUGCAGCGCAGCGGGCAGUUUGUGGUCUGCUUCCCGGGUGCCUUCGUGUCCAAAGUGUGCUGCGGCUACAGCGUGUCCGAGACGGUGCACUUUGCCACGCCGCACUGGAUCGAGCUGGGCUACCAGGCCGCAAAGGACCUGAAGUGCCGGCGCAUCGCCAAGCCCUUCUCCAUGGAGAAGCUGCUCUACCAGAUCGCCACGUCCGAGUCCAAGCGUGACAACGGGCUCCUGCUCACCACCGUCGCCGCCCGCCUCAAAGACCUCAGGAACUUGGAGAUGCGCCAGCGCUCGGAGCUGUUCUCGGCGGGGCUGCACUCGGCGGCCCGCUACGGUGCUCGUGAUGAGGGCCGCAAGAAGCCACGCGGCAAAUGGACGACGUUGGAGUCCUCUGAGAGACGCUGCCAGAUCUGCCACCACCUCUGCUACCUCUCCAUGGUGGUGCAGGAGACGGACAAUGUGGUGUUCUGCCUCGAGUGCGCGCUGCGCUACGUGGAGAAGCACAAGUCGUGCCGGGGCCUCAAGAUGAUGUACAGAUACGACGAGGAGCAAAUCAACAACUUGGUGAACCAGGUGUGCGGCCGUGCCAUUUUGAAAAGUGGCGGGGGCGUGGCGAGCGGCGGCCCCGUGCCAGCGGUGAGUGGGGGCGAGGCCUGCUGCCGCCCCGUCAGCCCCGCCAAAGCCUCGCCGGCCAAGCGCGGCGCACCCCGCAAGCGCGGCGCCGCGGAGGUAUCACUGGGCCGCCUGCCAUCCGGCCUCCUGCCCAAAGCGGCCGCCGUGUCCUGAUGUCGGCUUUUGCCCGGGCGGCCCCGAACACUUCCCGGCGCUCGCUUUGGCUUUUUGUUUGCUUGACGCCCCGCUCCGCCAAAUAGAAACCCAAAGUUGUUCCCUCCGAUUCCCGUGCAGCUCCUGCAGUAUCGCUUUGGAAACACCAGGGGGGGCGCUCUCGUAGCGAAAACUUGAAGGACAAUAAUCUUGCUCUUUUGUCACUAUUCUUUUGGAAAUUUUCUUUGAUUUUUCACCUUCUGUUUUGUGGGGUUUCGGUGAGGAAAACGUGUGCCUCGAAGUAAGGAGAUCCGCCUUAUUUUUUCGUGCUGUUGCUUUCCGACAUACUGUAUCAUGACAAAUUCAAAAUGGCCGACAUAACGUAAGCCAUGGACUAGCGCUAACAUUGCGGGAAAGCUUUUUUCUCUUGCCCCGCCCCUCCCUUGUUUGGAGACGUGCAAUCAUCAUUCCAUUUUUCUUCCUUCCAGUCCUUCAUUCGACUUCAUUUCUCAUCAUUUGUAAUUUGUGUAUUUUUUUUUUUCAUUUUCAAUGGUUUAUCAAGUAGACCCACUUGUGUCAAAUGUGAAAGGUUAGCUAUUCUUUUGUUUUUUAAUUUCCCCAUUCUUUUAAUGUUACUCACCAGCAUUUUUUUUGUACAUAAUACAUACUUGAGCCCGGUGAGGAAGGAUGCCAGGAAAGAGUUAUGAAAAUGAUGAAGAAAAAGCCUUACAAUUCCCUUUCUUCAUUUGUGUGUAUGCUGACAACAGGGUCGCUCAUGUGUGUGUAAAGAAAAAAAAUAGGAAAAACCCCACAAAAAAAUCAACGUUUAAGUGCUGCUUAUAUCGCUAAACACAAGACGACCCCUCUGCCCAUUCCCGAGCCAACUCAGCCUACUUUUCUUCCUUUAGCUUUACUAUUUUUAAAAAUGGGGAAAAACCCCAGGUGAGAAGUUUUUGUUGUUUUAUUAACAUUUUCAUGUGUCAAACUUUCACUCAGAGAAAGAAAGGUCUCUCUCUCUCUCUCUCUCCACAUGUUGCACUGAAAAAAAACUGUUUUGUUGUUGGUCAUCAUCUCGACAACACAGAAGACUGAAACUUUUUUAGGACUAUUUAAGGCAAAAUGCUGACGUCAAUAAUGGAAUAAAAAAAGGUUAAGUUUUUAUUGCCUUAACCUUGUUUGGUUUUUGAUACAAACGUCUGAAAGUGCUCACUGACUAAAAGCGAGCCUCUUAAUUUAUUGGUCCAGACGCUCGUUGAUUUGUUCUUGUUUUUUUCUUUGUCUUUUGCAGUAUGUUUUUACCGGAGGUUGAAUAAAAACUUGCCAACAAUU